AUGUUCGACAAGCCAGUGAUGCGCGGAGCGAAGUAUGCGAGAAGGAAGAGAGGAAAGUGGAAGGCCUUAAUCACGGGUCUGAUGCUGGUAUGUUGUGUUGAAGGGCUUGCUACUGCUGCGGCCGGGAUGCACCGCACCCUAAAGGCUAAUCCUUGUGAAACGCUGCAAAGAGAAAACAAAGACUUGCGAAAAGAGCUUACAUUGCAAGAAAUCCAAAAAGAGAACGAGGACCUCCGAAAGGAGCUGAAGAAGCUUCCAUGGCCAAUGCUAAAGUAUUUUUGGGCAAACGGACGUACCUACAGCCUGCCUCUGCGAGCCGAGAGCAGAGAUUUGUCGCAUCGGCCGGCACAAGCCAGACUGGAGUACUUGGCCGGCUUCUUUGAUGGCGAUGGCUACGUUGGCUGUGAGACGAGACUGACCGGAGCCGCGUUGAAGGUGAGUCAGUCCUUCGACCAGGCGGAAGUCCUCAUGCUCUUCCGGCAGACAUUCGGCGGGAGCAUCUCACGGGAAAGAAGGGGCGUGGGUUUAGGAAAACCAAAGCUUCAGUGGCAAGCAUACGGCCAGUCGGCCCGACGGGCAGUCAGGCUCCUGGCGCUUCAUAGCAUCACCAAGCAGAAGCAGCUCUUGAUUGCAGCCCGAUGGCCAAAGACAAAAUCGCUAAGAGAGGACCGCAAGGCCGAGCUGUGCGCGCUGAAGCAGUACGACUCGGCGGUCGCUGGGCCGUGCAGCUGGAGCUACUUUGCCGGCUUCUUCGAUGCAGAGGGCUGCAUCAGACUGGACCCCAGAGUAGCCUCGCUACAAGUGAAAGUGUCGCAAAAGCAUCCCCGAGCGCUGCGGAGUCUUCGUGCUUUUUUGCAGACAACAUCUGGCAUAGAUGCAACACUUGGGAAUUUCACUGGAUAUGGAUAUGAACUUUGGGUUUGCAGCUUGUCCAAGUGCAAGGAGAUACUACAACACCUGUUGGACGCCGGAUUGCUUUGCAAAGUGCAGCAAGCGCAGCUCGCUUUGAGCCUGACGCCGGAGAAUGCGGCUGAAGUCAGGGCAGAGCUUGCCAGCCGCAGCGGGAACCAAAGGUUUGGGAGGAGAUUGGACGCUGCAGGCCAAAAUCGGGCGAGGAAGAUCCUUUCAGCACAACGACAAGUUGCCUGCUUGUGUCGACGAGGACUGGAGGCAGAAGCGGACGCCAAGCAGCGUGAGGUUGCACGGCUCAAGGACGAGCACGAGCUGCGGAAAGCCCGUUAUGAGAAUCAGCAGUUGCUUGAGUACAUUGAGUACAUACGGCAUCUGCACGAGAAUUCAUGGGAAGGACCUCUUCUUCCUGGUAUGUGA